GGAAAUGGGAGGUGCGAGUGUGCAAGCUUAAAGUUGGGGUGUGCUCUUUCCUUCUUCAAUAUCGGAGGCGGAGUCAACUUUCGUUUUGGUUCAACUUUAACCCUCAAAAAUAAGAGCGCUCGAUCUGCCAGCAACCAGCACAAAGUCAAGAUGAGUGCGUCGAACUCAAAACCAGCUCGCUUGUCGAGACAGAGGAUUGAGGAGGAUCGCAAGUUAAAGCUGAGCGUUAUCGACCCAGAGCCGGUUUCCGGUGGAGAUGAUGGUGAAGUCGAGGUUGAAGAUCUUUGUCUGGAGACUGAGAGGAUGGAACGCAGACUGGUUAGGAAGAUCGAUAUUAGGCUUUGCACUAUCGCUGGAGUGCUCUGCUCAUUGAAUCUGCUCGAUAGUGGGAUUAUUUCGAGCGCCAGUGUUACGAGCAUCUUUGAGGAUCUUGGAUUGGGGGUGGGGAAUCGAUAUUCUGUUUCCAUCCUCGUGUAUACUGUUGCCAGUGUAGCCUUCCAAAUGCCGGCAACAAUCCUGGUCAGAAUGCUAGGCCCAAGAGUGAUGUUUUCUCUCAUCACUGUUGGCUUUGGGAUAAUCACUCUGUGUACGGCGUUCAUUCAAAAUUACAAGCAGAUGAUAGUUUUGAGAGUCUUACUGGGAAUAUUCCAGAGUGCUAUUUUCCCUGGACUGAGCUAUCUCAUCUCAACAUGGUACACAAGACGGGAACAGCAGCUGCGGUACGCAUUCCUCCAAUCUGGUGAGGUAACCAUCGUGGGGUUGGGAGCAUUUUUGAACUACGGAUUGAAUCACCUCGAUGGGAAGGCUGGCUUGCGUGGUUGGAGAUGGAUGUUUCUUGUCCAAGGACUUCUAGCAAUCGUUAUUGGAUUUGUAACUUAUCUAUGGAUUGUCGACUUCCCGGAGAACUCUCACAGGAGCUUCCACUUCCUCACGGCCGAGGAGCAAGCUUUCGCAGAAAACCGUAUUUCCGAUGAUCGUGGAGACGUGAAAGCUGAAGAUUUUUCGUUGUUCCAGUCGUGUCUGGUGCACUUUACAGACCUGAAACUGUACGGAUUCUGUAUCCUAUUUUUCUGUCAGAAUGUCAUCAGCACCGGGUUGUCCUAUUUUCUUCCGAUAAUCCUUCAGUCCGGGAUGGGAUUUUCGAGCGAUCAAUCGAUCCUCCUCUCAGCUCCACCCUACUUCUACGCCGUCAUUCCCGUAAUCAUCUCCUCCAUUGUUGGUGAUCGGUACCAACUCCGAGGACUGGUGAUCACUUUCAACUGUAUUUGUACUAUUACCGGUUUCAGCAUGCUGGGGUUUUCUACUCAAGUCGCAGUUCGGUAUAUAGGAACAUAUCUCGCAACUGGCGCAUAUGUCAGUAAUUGGGCAGCGAUGAAUGCCUAUCAAGCCAAUAAUAUUGUUGGACAAUGGAAAAGAGCCACUUUUGCCGCUUCUAUAACAGCUUGCAAUGGCUUGGGUGGGAUUGCGGGAAGCUUUAUUUUCAGACAAAACGAGGCUCCAAGAUACAUGACUGCAAUCUGGGUCAGCAUUGCAUCCCACAUCCUGAUAAUUGCCAUUGUGGCACUUUUCACCAUGUACUUUUGGUGCGCGAAUAGAAAACAAAAGACGGGAACAAUGUUACUUGAAAGAACGACGGGUUUUAGAUACACUUAUUGAUCGGAUAUCGCUUUAAACCGCAUGGAAGCGGCUGCUCAAUAGCAUCUGACACGACUCAAGGUUCUGUUUUGCAUGAUGCUUGUGCAUUGACAGUUUGAGACUCCUGUCAUGCCGGUAAAGAAUGCCAAGACAAGAAACUUUAAUAACUUGGGACCAGAUUUGCUCGAUCUGGUGAAGUAGACACGUGUAUUAGAAAUUCGAACACUUGGUUCUUCCCGU